AUGACAGAAAAAAUCCUUUCGAGGGCGCAGAUCUCUGAUCUCAUUGCCCAAGGAAAGGUAAUUGUCAUCUUCAAAAAUAACGUCCUCAACUUGACGGGAUGGUUGAAGUACCAUCCCGGUGGAGACAAGGCUGUGUAUCACAUGGUGGGAAGAGAUGCUACCGACGAGAUGCUUGCUUACCAUAGUGAAGAAUCCAUCUCGGCAUUUAGUCGUUGGAAAAUCGGCUCCAUUAACUAUGAAUGGCAUAACUUGCUUCCACCCAUCCAGGGAGCAGUGUACACGAUAGGCAUGGCUGGAAAGCUCUCUCCAAAUGACGAUACCUUAGGUAAACUGCUUGAUACAGAGUCCCCAUACAUGCUGAAAAGUGAACAAUCUUCAAUGACGUCUCUUGAAGCUGACACGGUAACAGUUCCCGUGAAUCCUAACUACACGAGAGCGGGAUACCCGGAAGGUAAGGUGGAGCCCGUGGUUCCUCAAAACAUCGAAGUUGUCACAGCAGAAAACAAAGAUGAUCUUUUCCCGGUGAUGAAAAGUGUCGUGGUUGAUCCUAAAGAGUUGAUGCGUGAGUUUGAUAACCAGCUCACUCGUCGAGAUCUCUUUGAUCUACCCUCAAUGGAUUACACAACGCAGAACAGUAUCCGAGAAAAGUACAACCAACUUCAUGCUCGCAUAAUCAAGAAGGGGCUCUAUAAGUGUAACUAUGGUGACUACGUUCGUGAGAUCGUGAAGAUCUCGAGUCUCUUUUUAUACUCGUUCUCAUUUCUUAAGUUGGGGUACUACUUUUUAAGUGCCAUCUUCAUUGGUAUGGCGUGGCAACAGAUGACCUUUAUUGCACAUGAUGCGGGUCACAUCUCCAUCACUCACAAUUUCCAGAUCGACAAUAUCUUUGGAAUGAUCAUUGCCGACUGGUUUGGUGGCCUAAGUCUUGGUUGGUGGAAACGUAAUCAUAAUGUUCAUCAUUUGAUCACCAAUGACCCGGUGCACGAUCCAGAUAUCCAGCAUCUUCCGUUUUUUGCUGUGAGUACCAGACUUUUUGGAGACGUGUACUCCACGUACUAUGAGAAAGUCUUAUGGUUCGAUGCAUUUUGCAAGAAGUUGAUUCCUUUUCAGGAGUUCAUGUACUACCCUCUUCUCGCCUUUGGUCGCUUCAACUUGUACAGAUUGUCAUGGACACACUUGAUUUUGGGCCAGGGUCCUAGACAUGGGAAAGCUGCUUGGUUUCGCUACUUUGAGUUAGCCGGACUUUCGUUCUUUUUUUACUGGUUCUUCGUGUUGGUGGUGGGUAGCGUUGAAGGUACAUGGAAUAAGAUCUCAUAUGUGCUUGUCAGUCACAUCUGUACGAUGAUCGUGCACGUUCAAAUCACAUUGUCUCAUUUUGCUAUGUCAACAUCCGACUUAGGAGUAUCGGAGUCAUUUCCAUCGCGUCAAAUGCGUACGACCAUGGAUGUUGACUGUCCCGUAUGGUUUGACUUUUUCCAUGGUGGUCUUCAGUUCCAGGCAAUCCACCAUUUGUUUCCGCGGUUACCGCGUCACAACUUAAGGCGUGCUCAAGCAGAUGUCAUUGAAUUUUGUGAGGAGGUCGGCUUGCCCUACUCUAUUUAUGGGUUUGGUAAGGGAAAUGAAAUAGUAAUUGGCAAGUUGGCGGAGAUUGGUAAACAGUGUUCCAUCAUGUUGGACUGCACUAGAAAAAUGAAGGAGGAUCAGGUGCCCAUUACACUCGACUAA